AUGCUUGACAUAAAUAAGAGGCGACCUGAUCAUUGCAUUGUACUAUAUAAUAGUACAGUCAUACCCUUGUUCACCAAAAUUAAGCCAUUGUCUUCCUCUUCUUCCUCCUCCUUCUCUUCCUCUUGCAAUUUCUUCAUGGCUCUCAAUUGUGCUUCAUCUCAAACCCUAGUUAUUCAGAAAUCUGGGCGCUUUCAUUUCCAAUAUCGCAAGCAGAGAUUCCAUGUCCCUUUGCCUUUGAUGAGGAAGGCCCCUCCUCCAUUACUCAGAAUCUCAGCCUCCAUCAACAGCAAGGUAUAUGAGGAUGAAACAGAGGGAAUAGUUUGCUACAAAGAUGAGAGCAGUGGAGAGAUCAUUUGUGAAGGAUACGAUGAAGGGCCUCGACUUCCACGAAUUCCAACAACACCAACCUAUCAUCCAAGAGAUGUUGAAAUAAUGAGUCUUCUGCUUCAACAAAGCUUACUUCAGAUUGUUAAAGGCGAAGAAACAUUCAACCCUUCACUCCAACGUCUCUGCCUUCACCAACACUUCAACAACAACUUCACUGCCACUGAAAUCUGACCUAACGCCCAUCCUCACUUCACAAAUCAAAUGUCUACUAAGGGUAGAUAUAUGCCUAUGGUAUAUUUACAUAUUGUUGGUCUAUAAUUGAUCAGAAUAGUUAUUUUAUGAA